AUGUUAAUUGAAAGAUCAUUGCAGAUCGGUUAUGGUCAUCAAAUGAUCGGUUAUGGUCAUCAAAUGGUACUCGAAGAUUUGAGUAAUGAUACAACAAUAUUCUCAUUGAAGAUCGGCUGGCUACCAGUUGGAUUAGGUGAACGUUUAUACUAUGGAUGCUUCUCGUCACCCUCUUCGCAAUCAUACUCACCUGCUCGUUUGCAUUUCCUUACCGACAUGGCUGCAAUUCACUGCUCUUGCAUGGACCCGAGUGAUUUUGACUUUGUUGAAAUGAACGGGAAGGUUUGA